AGCGCUGCUGCUGGCGGCGGCCCCCGCCCCCUCUCCCCCUCCUACUCUCCCUCGCCGCCUUCCUCCCCCAUCCCCUCCACGGCGGCGAUGUCGACGGGGGCUUGGACUAGAUCCGACCUCCAGGAUAGAUCCUAUGCACAGGCGGACGUGACCGUGUCCAUGGACAGGCUCUCUGAAUGUGAGGACCUGAAGCUCAUAGUGAAGGACGUGGCUGCCCACGAAAAGGCGGCGCGACUCCUUCACGUGGGUCACGGGUGCAGCUCGCUGCCAGAGCACUUGUAUGACGAGGGGUACACUAGCAUCGUGAGCAUCGACAGCCAGAGCACAGCGCGGGUCGACAGAGGGCUGCGUCGUGGAGCUGACAGACUGGAGGCCAUCCCGCUCAUGCGGGCGCGGAACAGAGAGCGGCUAGGCAUGACCUGGCUGGAGAUGGACGCGACGGACAUGGCCUUCACGGACGGGAGUUUCGACGUUGUGGUGGACAACGGCAUGCUGGACCGCCUCAUAUGCGCCGGCACCUCGCCAAUGCUAGCGGGCGCUUACUUGGGCGAGACAGUUCGUGUGCUCGCAGCAGGAGGUGCGUUCGUGUGCGCGAGCCUGCACCCCCCGGAGAUCACGAUGAUGUGGUUGGAGCCGCACCAGUUCUCCAUUACGGUUGUCACCAUCGCGGCCUCGCUUGCUGGCAACCGUGGAACCCACGCGUACGUGUGCAGCAAAGGCGAGUGCAAUUUAGAUGCACAGCACCAGUCUCUCUGUUUGCGACGGGAGGCCAGGAGCGGAGCUAUGAGUUGCGAAAUGGUGUGCCAAUCUGGGACGUCGAAUCACUCGCCUUAACGACCCCACCUUCCUUCUGCAACGUUCUUCACCCUUCCGCACUACCCCUUUCCCUCUCCGCACAGAUUCCAUGCCGUUUGUGUCUGCAAGUGUAACAGCUUCCAAACGGGUUGUAACGCCGCUGAUCUAAUAUGUUUAUUGUGGCAGAUCUCUCAGGUCUGCAGUCGUGAUCGCUAGACGGGCGGCGUGACCAAGCGUCUCGUCGCGCGAUUGCUCCAUUGAUCUCUUAUUGUUUUUCACUUCGUCCUCUGCUGAUCAAUUGCGAUUCUUUGCAGAGGCCCUCAAUGGCACCCGCCCCCGGUGCUGGUGGCACCUGGAUCUGUGUGCCAGACGGCCGUAUCGCCUGAGACGUCUGUUCUCGGGGAUUGCUUUUUCUUUGAGCUGCACGGUUUUGCCUGGUCUUGCUAUCUUCGCAGAUGCAGCCUUUGCACUCGCUGAGGAGGGUGAUGUGGACGGCCUGAAGGUGGGGCGGAAGAGGAUGGGUAGCUGACCAACCUAAGCGCGUACGGUUGAUGGGGUUAGAAGUUGCGAGAGAUCACGAGAAGGUAAGGGAAGGUAUGGCAAGGCACGUGCUUUCAAGUCAUACACUUGUACUUUCCUUUUGGGGGUCGGCAGCUCCAAAGUCGUUCCAAAGAUGCUUCGAAGCGAUCUCGGGCUCGUCACCGAUAUGCCCACGCAAACGCACAUGCACAAACACACGUGCGUCUCUCAGAGCAGGCGCGCAUGCAAGCAAUUCCAUUGGCUGGUUAUCCGUAAGGGCUUCGCCCCCUGCCGCCGGCCCCCUCUCUCGGAGAAUGGGCCAUGGAAGAGCGAAGUCAUGAGGCUUUGGCUUUGUCGUGAAGCAGUGUCGG